AUGUUGGAAGUUUCUUGUAGUGGUAAUGACCAUACUGUGUUAAGUUUUAGUAGAGAAUGUGAACAUGUCAAUAACUUCAAAAUAAAUUAUGGAGGUGGAUAUUUCGAAAAUCUCAAUAAUUGUAGUUUCAGUGGAUAUAAUGAAGCAUCAGAAAACUUAGCAGCUACAAAACGAACUUUCAACUUGAAAAUAAUACCACAAUCACAGUCGACACCUGAAUGCAAAGAAAAAGAACCCAGUAUCACUAAGUUGGAAAGCCCAACAACUAUAUCUCAAGUGCGUUCUCUUUGCCGCAGCUGUGUUCACAAUGACGAUGGCUCUGAGGCGACUACUAGCUUCCCACCAAGUACUACGAAAAGUUUCCCUGAUUGCUUUACAGAUACGUUUGAAAGUCUAGACGUACAACCUCCUCUGCUUGAUUACCUCGUCCGACAUCAUGCUAUCAGUGAGGAAUCAAGCCUUAAAAUUAUGCAGGCUGAUAAAUUGCAACGACCUUCUUUGUUACUGAGUGCUGUCGGUCUCCCUGUGUUUAACGGAAUUAUCAACUCGAAAUCAAGUCCUACAUGUUCUUACGCUCCACCACCAGGAUUGGCACUCCUGCUUAAUGUAUUGCGGCAUACGGGUCAUCAUGAACUUGCCAGCUACUUGGAUUGUAGUCGGAGAAUCAAUCCAUCAUCAGUCGACGGAGGAAUGAACUCAGGAUGCUCCGAUCUCUCUGAUAAAAGAAGACGCGGACAAAUCUCAUUGUGGAUUCAAUUAUUAGCAAUCAAAGUAUCUCCAGCUCUUUACAAUCAACUGACACCAAAUGCUACGAGAAAAGAUAGUUUCGUUUUGCCAUCUCAUGUUGAAAAAAUGCAAGAAAACAAUAGACCCUUUAAUUUAAACGGUCAAGAUGAGCGAAAGCCAGGACAUCUUCAAAGGUUACCAUCUUUACCUAUAUGGAUAGACCAUACCACCACACCCAGACUAGCUACAAAUACUAACCAGUCAAAUAUGGAUUAUGUUAAGCCAGCAGAAAAUACUAUCAAAAGUGCCCGUAAUCAGUGGAUCAAACUGCUCUUACCUCUGGUCUGCUGCUUACGCCAAUCAAAAUCAUCAAAUAAAAUGUCUCCAAAAAAUCCACCUGUUGAUGGUUGUACAAAAUUUAACCUGGCCAACAAUGAGACAUAUCGGGAUAUUAGCUUACAUCAGAAUUCAUCAAAAGAUGAUUCUAAAUGUCCAAUUAUUAACAGUGCAGAUGACUACAAAACUCGAAUGGUCAGUCGAGCUAUACUGGACAGUAAAUCCGUACAGUUUUAUAAUACAGUUCUUGAGAAUGGUUCAUCACUACGUGACGCAAUCGUUAAAUACUUAGAGCAGUCAUCCGGUGUUCUUGUAUUAGACUGCAAGUUAGGCCGUUUUUCGCAGACCUUCAACAGUAAUAGUAUGGCUCCGGAAUCAGUAUCUGCACUGUGUGUGAUACUGAUCGCUACUCAGUCGGAAAUAAUCAAACGGCUAUCUGAGGACUGUAGUUUGCAUUCUUCAGAAACCAAACCUUCAUCAACAGAGGUCAAUAAUUACUUACGACUUCCUGUAGUAAAAACACUCCCAAGUAAACUUACGCUAACUUCCAAACUUGCAGAUGAUCUUGCUACUGUUCUCAUUCGUGCAGGUGCAUUAUGUCAAUUAGAGUUGCAAAAUUUACGACUUUCAGUCACACUGGAUCCAAAAGAAGUCCAACUAGCUAUCAAAGAACUUAUGGAUUUGGAAGAGUAA